AUGGGGCAUCGCAUUCUGAAAUACAUGAAGACAGACUACUCCAUCAUAGAUCGCUUUGUGGACGUGGCGCAGACUCAGCCUCAGAAGACCUUCCUGAGGUUCCGAGAUGAGAGUUGGACUUACAGAGAGGUGGACGAGCUCAGCAACAGAGCGGCCCGGGUCUUAGUGCGCAGCGGCGUGAGGAGAGGGGACGUGGUGGCGCUCUUCAGCUCCAACAGCCCCAUGUUCGUGUGUCUGUGGCUGGGACUGGCCAAGGCUGGAGCUGUCGGGGCGUUUCUCAACUCCAACAUCCGCAACAGAUCUCUGAUGCACUGCUUCAGGGUCAGCCAGGCCAAGGUCCUGGUGGCAGCGGAGGACUUACAGGAGGCGGUGAAGGAGGUGCUGGUGUCUCUGCAGGAGCUGCAGGCCUCAGUGUUCCUGCUGUCGGACUGCUGCAGGUGUCCAGGUGUGGAGAGCUUCACUCAGAGGAUGGAGGAGGCCAGUGCGGCCCCUCUGCCCCCGGACUCCAGGUCUGGUGUUUCUCUGCUCAGUCCCGCCGUCUACAUUUACACUUCAGGAACCACAGGUCUUCCCAAAGCUGCCAUUCUGAGCCACACCAAGCUGUGGCGGAUGUCACUGGUCCAUGGCAUGAUGGGACGCAGCUCUGAUGAAGUGCUGUACAACAGUCUGCCUCUGUACCACAGCGCUGGCUUCGUCGGUUUAACCGGAGCCAUCGACCUGGGUAGUACGGUGGCCUUGAGGAGCAAAUUUUCAGUGUCAAAUUUCUGGAACGACUGCAGAAAGUACGACGCUACUGUCAUCUUGUACAUCGGAGAGACUCUGCGGUACCUCUGCAACCUGCCGGAGAGUCCCGACGAUCGGAAUCACAAGGUCAGACUCGCGAUCGGGAACGGCACGAGGCCCGACGUGUGGAGGGAGUUUCUGCGACGCUUCGGAAACAUCACGGUCCGGGAAUUUUACGCAGCGACCGAAGGAAAUUUUAGCUUCACCAACUUCUACGGCAAGAUCGGAGCAAUCGGAAGAGAAACGUUUCUGUACAAGCGGCUGAAUCCUUACGCUCUGGUCCAGUACGACGUGGACAGAGUGGAGGUGGUUCGAGACCCUUCAGGAUUCUGCAUCGAGGUUCCCACAGGUGAGCCCGGUCUGCUGGUGACCAAAAUCACCAUGAAGACUCCUUUCUCGGGUUAUGUGGGCGACCUGGCACAAACCGAAUCCAAACGUCUCCAUAACGUGUUGAAAGAAGGAGAUGUGUAUUUCAACUCUGGAGACCUGCUCAGCGUGGACGCAGAGGGCUUCAUCUACUUCCACGACCGCGUUGGAGACACCUUCAGAUGGAAAGGAGAAAACGUGGCCACGACAGAAGUGGCCGACGUCUUGAGUUUGUGCGACUGUGUUCAAGAAGCCAGCGUGUACGGAGUCUCAGUGCCAGGACACGAAGGCAGAGCUGGAAUGGCUGCUGUCAUUUUGAGGAAAGGAUCCAGAUUUGACUCCACGUCUGUAUUUACCCACGUGGAGAAGCUGCUGCCGACCUACGCCAGACCCCUCUUUAUCCGCAUACAAGAGAGCUUGGACAUCACCGGCACGUUCAAACACCAAAAGGGCAAGCUCAGAGAAGGAGGAUUUGACCCAAAUCUAAUCUCGGAUCCGCUGUAUUUUUUCCACGUGAAAGAAAAAGAUUACGUUCGGCUGACUUUAAACAUUUAUGACUGUGUUGUAAACGGAGCAAUAAAGCUGUGA